AUGGCAUGAACCGAAGUCAAACAGUUUCUUCCACUGGCAGCUCUAUUGAUUGAACAAAGUCUUCCAGCAAGCAUUAUGAAUGAUUCUUAGCUCGGCUUUCAGCACAAAAAAUGGCAGAAAAUCCUAGAACAGAUUCUUUCAGAACAGAGCUUUUGUCACCGGAGGGUGUGGCUGCUGGGACGGAUGGAAUGGUGGCCAAGGUGCCCUCAUGGCGACUCAAUAUGGACAAGUUCCGCUUGCCGGCUACUACAAGCAAGAGAUCUCAUCAUGGCAUUGUUUACUACUGGAAGUCAUGGAAGAGACAGAGAAAGGUUGCUAAGUACUAUGAAAAGCAGGAAAGUCUUGUCAAAGGAUUCAAUGAAGUCGACUCCUACAAUGAACUGGGUGUUGUGCCUGGAACUUUAACAGAGGAUGAAAAGAAGCAAGAGGAGAAGAAUGAGAGAUGGGCAAUAUAUACAUCUAAUGUAGCUAACAUGGUGAUCUUCGUCGCAAAAGUGUAUGCUUCGGUUGAGAGCAGAUCACUAGCAGUUAUAGCUUCAACACUAGAUUCCCUGUUGGAUCUUUUAUCAGGUUUUAUAUUAUGGUUUACAGCUUAUGCAAUGAGAAAGCCAAAUCAGUAUCGAUAUCCUAUCGGCAAGAAUCGAAUGCAACCUGUGGGAAUUGUUGUGUUUGCAUCAGUCAUGGCGACUCUUGGAAUACAAAUAUUGCUUGAAUCAGCUCGAGAACUUAUUUCAAAGGCUCAACCAGAUAGAGAUCCAGAUAAAGUAAAAUGGAUGGUUGGAAUAAUGGCAUCCGUGACAGUAGUGAAAUUUUGCCUCACUAUAUACUGUCGCAGAUUCACAAAUGAAAUCAUCAGAGCCUAUGCCCAAGAUCAUUUCUUCGAUGUAAUUACCAAUUCAAUUGGUCUUGCGACUGCCCUUUUGGCUAUCAAAUUCUACUGGUGGCUUGAUCCCCUUGGAGCUAUCCUGAUAGCAUUGUACACUAUCAGCAAUUGGUCGAAGACCGUGAUAGAAAAUGUAUGGUCACUAAUAGGGAGGACAGCCCCACCAGACUACUUGGCAAAAAUAACAUAUCUAGUAUGGAAUCAUCACGAGGAAAUCAAACACAUCGAUACAGUUAGAGCAUAUACCUUCGGCUGCAACUAUUUUGUGGAGGUGGACAUAGUGUUGCCUGGAGAAAUGUCUCUCAGUCAAGCACAUGACAUCGGAGAAACACUCCAAGAUAAACUUGAACAGCUUGAUGAGGUUGAUCGAGCUUUUGUUCAUGUGGACUUUGAGUUCACUCAUAAGCCAGAGCACAAGCCUAAAGCUUCAUAAAUGGUGAAUAACCAAUAUGUAUGUUGCAUGGAUUCCUUGAAGAGAGUGAUUUGAAUUGUGGUUCUUUGACUAUUCAAUUGUGUAAAUCAUACACAUGCAGCACACAAUUUUCAGUUUCCCAAUAAAAACGGAUCUGCCCUAUAAUGAUUAACAUUUUA